AAUGGUUGUGCGGAGUAGAGGAGCAGAGUACGAGAGGAAAUACAGAUCCCAGACCACACAUCCAAACCAAGCUCUGCCCAGUAAUGGGAGACUAAUCUGACCGUGGAUCAGCCCACCCAGACUCCCUCCUCACUAGGAGUUACGCCAAGUGGGAUUCAGACUGCAGGAAAUCGUGUUGGGGCCACAUCCACUCUCCACAGCAGCCCACGGCGUGAUAAGGAACGGACUGGAUCAAGUGAAAGCCUGGUAGGAGCGACAAAGGUUUACUGAGAAACCACCAUUAGGCGCGGGAGACAUUAAGACUCGUCUGUCCACGCAGUCGCUGUGGACAAUUUCCAAGCUUUUCUCUUACUUCUUGGUAGCGAGAGUGCUCUUUCCGAGCCACGUUUAUUUGGAGAGCUAGCGGAAUGUAUUGCUAGCGAGCUAGCUAAGGUUAGCUAGCUAAUUAGCUUGUCAGACAGACAAGAGUCGGACGUGUGGUCUUCACUAAAUUAGGUCACUUAUUUGGCGUCGUUUGACUUGAUGGAAAAAGCCAUACUCGCUGUGCUUUAUCCAUUAUCCUGACACGGCCAUUAUGUUCUGCCUUGAAUAGUCUACCCCAGUAAGACACAAAAGAAUUACCUGAAUUGAUGAGUUACUAGAGUCACUUCGGUAUUAUUCAACCGAAUCCUUCGUCGAGGACAACGCCAAAAGGACAAGGAAGGGGGAAAACACAGCCAAACAUCUUUUUUUAAGUGGAGACUCUCUGCCGUCCAAUGUUAAUGUCGACCGACGUUGCAUCUAUUAUGCUGCCCGUUAGUCGGGGGAUAAUGGACCGAGAAAGAGACAUCGAUACAUCAGCGGUGCCGCAUACAAGCGCUGCCGGAGGUCCGGCGGCGGUCCGGGGGAUGAAGCGAGGAGACCCGGAACCCGACGCUCUUGCAGCCGCUACCCUGACUGACCUGACCGGGGCGGAGUGCAAAAGACCAAGGAUAGAUGGCACUGGGAGUGUUAUUGGCGACAUUGGACAGAACAAUGAGCCGUUAAAUCCUGGUUUCCAUGGAUACACACCUCACAAUCAGGGGUCCCAGGAUUCAACAGGAGCACAGGAUGGUUUGGUGGCUCCACCCUUCACAACGUUCCCUCCUCCACCACCUCCCCAGAAUGGAAUAGCUGGGACAGAAUUUGGCCCUGGGGCCAUGUUUGGUGCAGGGGGUCAAGGUACAGCUGAGGUAGGCGCUGGUGCUAAUGGGGACACCACCAGUACCACCAUCAACAACAAUGGUAAGACUGAGGAGACUUCCCAGGGGGAGGCAGCUGUACAGUGUGGUACUGGAGGGACAGCAGGAGGGGGAUCUGGAGGAGACUCGUCGGAGGCUAAAGGGACCCCCAAACGCCUACAUGUGUCAAACAUCCCAUUCCGCUUCCGUGACCCUGAUCUCAGGCAGAUGUUUGGGCAAUAUGGGAAGAUUCUGGACGUAGAAAUUAUUUUCAAUGAGAGGGGCUCAAAGGGUUUUGGCUUUGUGACAUUUGAGACCAGCGCAGAUGCAGAGAAAGCCCGCGAAAAGCUCCAUGGCACAUUGGUGGAAGGUCGUAAGAUUGAGGUGAAUAAUGCCACUGCCAGGGUGAUGACUAACAAGAAAAUGGUCAGCCCCUACCCUAAUGGAGAGGCUCUGAGCACGCUGCCUUACGCAGGGUGGAAAUUGAGCCCAAUGGUCGGGGCUGUGUAUGGACCAGAGCUCUAUGCAGUCCCAGGGUUCCCCUACUCUUCAGCAGCUGCAGCAGCCACGACAGCAGCCGCAGCAGCUGCAUUCCGUGGCGCUCACCUUCGCGGACGUGGGCGACCCGUCUACAGUGCGGUGCGGGCAGCAGUGCCUCAGGCUGCUAUCCCCGCAUACCCUGGACUAGUGUUUCAGGACUCAGUCCUUAGUCCCAGAUUGCCUCAGGGAGGCUAUCCUGCUGCCGCCGCUGCCGCUGCUGCUGCUGCUUAUCGCUACACUCAGCCCGCGGCUGUAACCGGAGCAACCGCAGCAGCUGCCGCAUACAGUGACAGUUAUGGGCGGGUUUACACGACAGAUCCAUACCACGCUUUAUCCCCAGCUGCUGCUGCCUACGGAGUGGGAGCCAUGGCCAGUUUAUACAGGGCAGGAUACAGUAGGUUCGCUCCGUACUAAAGCCACCAAUUACACCCAAGAAAUUUCAUGUCUCUCCAGAAGCCUUUUUUAAGCUCUUUGUUUGGCAGACACACCCUUCCAUCUUUCUGCUGGUGGACGAGAGUGACAACCCCCACCCCUUCUUUUUUUUAAAUUGGCAAGAGCGAUCGUUGCCACAUCAUCGACUCUUUUCUGUCUGUCUGACAAGGAUGUAAUUAAAAAGCGCUUGGCACAAUUUAUGACCGUUAACUUUGUAGAAACACUAUUGGAUCUGUAGGAAAGAGACUGCCCCUGCUUGAUCCUCCAUACGACACUACACCGUUUUCACAAAAUCCUUAGUAAAUCCACUCUCAAGUCUCUGUGCAGCCACUCCCACAGUGUCCUUCAGUGACCAAGCUGCCACAAGAACGGCAUUGCUAGUAAAACAGACACUAAAACACUAUUUUGAAGAAAAGCGAUGUCCCUCCGCCGUGGCACUGUAGCGCAUUCAUCAAGCGCAAUGAACACGGGAGCAUCUGACCGACAGGAACCACUACUGUCCAAGUAACACCAAAACCAUGAACAGCAUGGCAUAAAACACUCAAUUUUCGGUGGAAUCCCUGUCUCCACUCUCCCAGGGGUACAAUGAGGAGAAGAAAAAAAAAAAAAAAAAAAGUUUUAUUCUGCAUUACCUCAUUAUUUUGUUUAUCUCAUAGGUUUUUGCUGCCAUACUUACUUAACAUGCCUUCAUUUCUGGUCCACAUGAAUUCGUUAAGAAAAUGAGCCAGUUGGAAUCAUUUCAGUGAUGAACUAUCAACACUACGAGGAGCCUGCUCUUCUGCAUCCCCCCAAAAAUUACAAAUUUCCUCAGUGUCAGACUUUGUAGCUCCAGCAGUUAUGCAGUCACUGAACCAGGCAGAUGGAUUAAGAGAAACAGAACCCCCACCUUAUGAGAUUUAAAAGACAAGACCAGGGGGAAACAAAUACCUGCAUUUUGGCCUAUAAAUUAAAUUCUUCGUUAUGCUGCUGGUCUCAUGAAACAAGCAAUUUCAAUGUUUUUGUACAUUUCUGGACACAAAAAUUAUUUCAGCAGGAUAUUCUCUGUUUUCUCCCUGAUUUUUUUUUUUUUAAAGAGGCCUGGCCAAUUGUCUGUUUUAUGUAAUCCACCUCAAUAUACUCGCACUAUGUUAUUGUUAUUAUUUGCCUUUUUGGUUCCAAAGAUUUUUGUUGUUGUUGAAGAAAGCACAUUUUAGACUUGAUAUAUUUCUUUUUUUGUGGUUGUUCGCCUGUAUUUUACUAUAUUUUUUUUAAUCUCUGGAUUUAAGAUGUAUUUUGCGAGGUUCAAAAAGUUCAGUGUUGUAGGUAAGACACAUUUCAAAGGUUUGCAGCACUUUUGGGAACCUGCAAUCAAAACCAGUCACAGAAUGUCUGUUCACAUGCUGAUACUGUAGAUUGACUUUUUCCCCUACAGUCAAACGGUUUUGCUGCAAGUCAUGAAUUGAGAGACGUUGGAGUCAUGAGGGACAUUUGGGAGAUGAUCAGGUGUUUGGAAUUGCCAAAACUAGAGGCAAAGGGAUGAGGCUGUGUUGGUAGUAAAACGAGUAAUAUUGAGGUGAAGAUUAGACAGACAGGACACAGUUUAUCUUUCUGGAGUUGCUCAUGGAGCAGCACCCUGUGAGGAUGUUUUGUAUGAUUGUGACUGUAGUGAGUAUUUUUGAUGCGCUUUUUUUUUGGGUUGGUUGUUUUGGUUUUUGGUCUUAUUACUCAUUACAAGUAUUACCACAAAUGUUGCUAUGCAUGCUUUCCUGAGAUGGGACAGAUGUCAGAGAAGUUUUUCCUUUGUGCAUGAAUUCAAAUCUUAGUGCUGCAGGUCUUUAUUUUACAGCACAGCGGGAUGAGGGAACAACUUUAGGGCGUUCCCUGAUCGAAGGUGAAGGAGGAAAGUAAGAAGGAAAAGUAUCCGAGCCCAUAGCUGAUUUCAGUCUGCUUUAAUAAUCUGACUGAUCGCAGCCAAAUUCCUCUGAGGUCGUCACAGUAAUCAGCAGUCAUAUCAGAUAUGUAGAAAGUUUAAUUUGGGAUGUCCACCGCGCCCGCAUCCCCCCUGUGGGUUUCCUUUUGUAAUAGGUGAUAACAGUGCUGAGGCAGGCCCACUGUGGGGCACUUAAAAUUUUAGCCUGUCAGUGAAAAUAUGAAAAAAAAAAAAAAAAAAGGCGAGUACCAGUACAUGUUACUUAUAUGAAGUAUCCUGUACGUCUCCUAUAAUUUUUCUUUGGAGGGGAUCUUAUUUAAAAGGCUGAGGGAGGGGAAGAAAAUUACAAUUUGAAUGACAGAAGCCAACUUUACACACAGCUGGUCCUCAACUUUAACCCCUGACUCCCUGCACUGCUCGCAUCAAACUGCUUGUGGGAGCAUUGUGAGCAGGGACGAUGGAAAUGGGUGUGAAUUGCAUGUGGCCUCUUUUCUGUAUCACAUGCUGUUUAAAAUUGCAUUUGACAAAGUGACUUUUCAUUUCAUGUAUUUUCUCACAAUGUUUUAUUUUGCCAUCCUUGUAUCUUCCUUAUGUUUAUGCUCCAUUAUUAUUGAAUGUAUAUAAUAAACUGUUUGGUUUUUA